UUUUGUCUUUAUUCUUGGAACUAAUUACUCUAUUAUCUUUAUACGUUACACAUAGGCAGCGUUCCGUUGUUUGGAGCAACUAAGUAUUUCCUGGUUGAGAAAUAUGAAGAUGAUAUGGCACAAUCAACUCUCUGUAAAUUCCUUUUGCAAAUUGGAAAAAAUGGUAGUUGAACAUUGUAAUGAGCUCUUUACCAUUUUUCCAUUUGAUUUGUUGAGUACAUUUCAAGGACUUCAAACUCUGGAAGUAUCUAGUUGUCGUUCAGUGGAACAUAUAUUUGAACUCCAUAGGUUAAAUAUGAAGGAAACAAAUGUUGUGGCUACUCAACUAAGAGAAUUGUAUGUUGUUAAUCUACCAAAAUUGAAGAAUGUUUGGAACGAGGACCCCCAAGGAAUUUUAACAUUUCAAAAUCUAAAUGUAGUAUCUGUUAGGUACUGUUGGAGUCUGAAGAAUGUGUUUCCAGCCUCAGUUGCCAGAGUUCUUCCACAUCUUAAAGAUCUUAGAGUAGAUAGCUGUGCAGUGGAGGAGAUUGUUUCAAAAGCGGAAGGAUGGGAAACGAGUGUAACUAAUUUUAAGUUUGAUCAAGUGUCCUCCCUUAUGCUAUGGUACCUGCCAAAACUCAAAUGUUUCUAUCCUGGAAUGCAUACAACAAAGUGGCCAAUGCUAAAAAAGUUGAAAACAUACCAUUGCAACAAAGUGAAGGUACUUGACAUUGGAGGGCUUAAUUUGCCAGAUAUGAAUGAGGACAAUCAAUUGGACUCCCAAAUCCAACCACCACUUUUCUUAGUUGAAAAGGUGGUUCCCAAAUUAGAAGAAGUGUCUUUGACCUGUGAUGACAUUGCAAUGAUAUGUGAUAGCAAGGUUUCCAAAGACCUUUUCUAUGAAAUAAAAGCUCUUUAUUUGCUUUGCUACCAUGAUGGAUCUGCUAUUUUCCCAACCACCUUUCUUGAAGGAUUCAACAAUUUGGAAAAGCUUGAGGUGAUUUGUUGCGACUUUAACAAUCCAUUCUCGUAUGAAGGUGAUAAGGGGACAAAUGCUCCGACUAUUUUGCCAGUUAGAAAGUUAAAACUGGAUGGGCUUCAUUAUCUAAAACACAUGUGGAUGCAAGGGUCACGACUUGACUGCAUUCUUCCCAAUCUUGAAACACUUGAAGUUUUCAGAAGUGCCAAUAUGAUUAGUUUAGGAUUAUCGUCAACUCCUUUUCAAAAUCUCACGACUUUGGAUGUUUGGGACUGUGGAGGAAUCACACAUUUGGAUUCCCAUCUUUGGACCAAGUAA